AUGAUACACGCCAACAAUGUUAACAACAUAAAGAAUAAGACUUACAAAUAUACACCAAUUGCAGAUUUGGUACAUGAUGUACAAUGCAAUAUCUAUGCAUUCGUGAUUAGAACUUCACCUGCCAAACCAACACAAGGAACAGACAAAUGCGUUAGCCUUGUGGUGGGCGACUCACCAGAUCACAAGGUCAAUGUCAACCUAUUCUUUCGCAACUACUUUGAUCCUGCAGUACUAAAGGAUGGAACAAUAGUCAGACUUCAUAGGGCGAGGAUUAACAAGGAGUACAGCUCAUUGACAGCAUUUGGUAACAUGGAUGAUAGUCACAAUCACUUUACAAUGGUGUAUAUUCCUGGUGUUGAACGCGAUCCUAUCCAUCCCGUCAGCAGAACAAACUCGUACACAUUCACUGCCAUUGACGAGGCCCACAUCAGACGCUUGAGAGAGAUUUGGCGCGAAUGCAAGCACAUGUUCCUGGCAGCGGACAAUAUCCCACAGACAGUGGCUGGUGGUGUUGGAGGUGGUGCAAGGGCAAUGGGUAGUAGUGUGGCCGCUGGUCCCAUUGUCAAUCGCACUGCAUUGGGCGACAUCACCAUCAACUCUGGUCUGAUCAAUGUGGUGGCUCGUGUACUUUCCAAGGAUCACAUACUGGGCAUCAAUGGCAAAUGCAUGAAGCUGCUCCUGUGGGAUGGCAGUGGCGAGGGCUAUGAGUUCCUAAGGAACACCAGAGAGGGCCAUCGUCUGGGUGUCACGCUCACCCUGUUGUCAUGGGAGAACAUCCACUUCACAGGCAUGGACAGUCUCUCUGACGAGUGGAUCAUGGUUCGCAAGGUUCGACCAAACAUCUACAAUCAUCAAAUGGAGCUCAAGAUGAACAAAGAAUCAAUAUUCACUAUACUCGAACCAAACAAUCCAAUUGUACAACAGAUACAAGGCUACCACUCAGCAAGAGUUGCUGACUAUACUAGACAAAUUGGAAGAUAUGCACAAUCAUCAUCAGACAUGGAUGUUGACAGCAACAACAACAAUAUUAGAUUGGUACCACUUCAGACUCUAACAGAGAUCAAGUAUCCAAGCAAGCCAAUCACAAACAUCAGUCAAAUAAUAUCUCCAGAUGCAAAGGUACCAUGCAAGUACAAGAUAUUGGCCAAACUGAUACAACACAUUCCAAUGAAUGUUCAACAGAUUACAAGACCUUAUUGUGAUGAAUGCAAGUCAUUCUUUGACACACAGUUCCCUUCACAUAUGAUCGAUUCGGUGAGCAACUGUCCACUCUGCAAGAAACAAAACACCAUCCAAAUGGCAUACGUCAUGAAGCUUAUCCUAGAAGAUGAAACUGGUACCAUUCCAUUGAUACUCUUUGGACAACAUGCUGAUGAGUUCUUUGGAGCACCUGCUGAGAACUUGUACACGGACAAGGCAGCACUAUUACAGUUGGAAUCAAAGAUUGCAACACUCAAGAAUGGAUCAGCAUUCUAUUGUUGUCUGGUAUCAUACUAUGUCAACAAUGAGCCACUUCCAGAGAAUGUCAGGUAUCAAAUAUUCGAUACAAGGAUACAUAAAACUGUCUGA